AUGCCUUCCACUCCGGGAAAACAGCCGAUUGAGGAAGAUGAGUCUGCUGUGGCUGUUUUAUUUCCACACAACGAGAAAGCCUGGCUAGAGUCCUUCCUGAAUCAGAAGUUCUCGGAGCAAGAGAUCCGGCUGCGAGACCUUCUUCGAGGCCCGGGGCUCGGUCAUCCACCGGAUCAUGCCGCGCCCUGGCACUUGCAGCAAGUGCCAGGCGGGCAGGCUUUCGAGGCGGAAUCUGCGAUGCCCCCGAGAUCCGAUGCUGGCGCUAAGUUCGACAUGGAAAAUGCAGAUGACGGCCCUGCGACGGAUGCGCCCAAAGUGGCUCCUGCCACUUCAGAGGCGAGCGCACCACAAUCGAGCUCGCGGAAGAAAUCAACGAAUUUGCGCACCAUUAUACAGGAGGAGGCUCCACAAGAACAGUCGAGAUUGAUGCGCUUGGUCAAAGGCCCUCUGGACGGAAUCAUGGCCAUUGUCAUCGUGGUCAACCUUGGCCUCAUGGCUGCCGGCACUCAGGACAUUGGCCAUCAGGCCGACGUCCUUCUGCUUGGGGGUGACCCUGGUCCUCCAGCCAUUCCACUUGCAACGCUCGACAUGUUUGAAUGGGUUUUCUUCUUCGUGUACUUGGCCGAACUGUGCCUGCGGAUCUUUAUUCUGCGCUUUGCCUGGCUUUACCAGGCACCCGGCGGGAUCAUGUACAUGAACCUCUUCGAUGCUGUCUUGGUGGUUAUCCAUGGUGCUGACAUUCUGCUUCUCGCCGGAGCAUCUGGGGAGCAGGCCUCCAGCGUCCGAACCUUCAAGUUGCUUCGCCUGGUGAGGUCGGCGCGCAUCAUCAAAACAGUCGCCGUCUUCCGAGAGCUGCGCCUCCUCGUUUCCAGCAUGCUCGCGAGCAUUGGCACCCUGUUCUGGUCCAUCGUGCUCCUGCUUGUGGUGAAGGUGGGCUUUGCCUUGAUGAUCUCCCAGGCUCUCCAGGACUUCGUCCUGGACGAGGGGCAAGAUCUGGAUGCCCGGAAGCUGAUCAACAGUUUCUAUGGAAGCUUCAUGAAGGCACUGUUCACCAUGUUCGAGGUGACGUACAGUGGAGGAUGGCCGAACUACUUUCGUCCGGUGGUAGACUUCGUCAACCCAUGGUAUGCGCUUCUACUCUUGAUUUACGUGACGCUUGUCGUUUUUGCUCUGCUCCGGAUCGUAACAGCCAUUUUUUUGAAGGAGACACUUGCAAAUGCUGCCAACGAUGCAGAAUUGCAGAUUGACGAGAGCAAAAGGACAUCGCAAAUGUAUCAGAGCAAGCUGCAAGACCUCUUCCACACCAUGGACGGAGAUGAUAGCGGCUCCGUUUCUUACCAAGAGUUCAUCGAGCAUUUGGACCACCCGAUUAUCAAGCGGUACAUGGCCCUCUUGGAUAUACAUGUGCACGAUGUGAAGAACCUGUUUGAUAUUUUGGAUGAUGGUGACGGCAAAAUUACAGUGCAGGAGUUCUGCAGCGGCGUGAUGCACGUAAGAGGCCAAGCGCGAGCUUUGGACAUCAUGGUCCUACAGCGAUCCAGUGCCAAGCUUCUCGGCACGUGCCGCAGCAUUGACCAGAGGCUGAAACGCCUGGAGCAUGUGGGACCGUCCGCGGCAUCUGCGGUGUCGAACAUUGUGCUGUGCGGACGGAGGCCCUGCUUUUCCAGUUAUGUCCUCCUGGCUGUGGCCGCCUUUGCUGUUGGUGAUGCAGCCCCUGAUACCAGCCGAAGUCACCUCAGAAGUGGGGAUUGGAGGCGGCCUUCGAACAUGGAGCUGUGGAUGGAUGGGCUGCCUUCAGCUGCGGAACAGCUCUCACAGCCGCCCCGACGAGGAGAUUGCACAGAACUCCUCGAGAGUGGCGGUCGUUUACCCACCGCCAUCCAUGCGGGUGGGCCUCCUCGACCACGCCCGGAUCCUCCAGACCCUCUCGAUACUGAGGAGAAUGACGGCGAUGCUGGAUGGAAUGAGAUUGUUGAGGACACCCCAACCGCCGUCCAUGUCUCCUUCUGGUUAUGCUCGCCGGCGGUGGUUCCGGAGUCCCUUGACCUAGCGAUGGCCUUUCCCCUUUCAGUUGGCCGUGUGGUUGAGGCCAUUGAAGAGUCUGUACGGGGAAUGGACAUGCCGUGGCUAAGUGAGCUGGUUGAGGUCCGCCCCCAGCUCAACAAUGACUUCGUCAGCUUCCUCCUGCUGCCUGACUGGGUCGCGGCCUCCAACUACAAGGCCAUCGUGAUUGAUGCUCGGCCGUUUGAGCAAGGCAUCUUCUCCAUCUAUGUCACCGCUCCUGUGACCCGCUACAUGAUCCUGCGGAAGGCCGGCAUUGAUCCAACAGCAGAUGCUGAAAUUUUCAUCCAAGGAGCGGUGAUCCCCUUGGCGCAUACUGCACACUUCCAGCCAGAUAACGGGGCUUUGAUCCAAGUCUUGCCCCGUGGUUCCGAGGUUACCUGGAGUGAUGGUUUGGAAGCCCGCUUGGAUGACCCCACCCGUUGGCGACCUGAAACUGACCACCCUGAACUUCGUCCAGGGCGGUUUGUGGAACUCCAGACGGAGACUCGGAAUUUCUUCCAUUUGACCCAGCGUGGCGACCCGAGGAACCCUCGAGAAGUUGCCAAAGCCGCCUUCGACCUCCCUGGUGAUGAUUUCUGGGUCCGGGCCCCGCUUCAACGGCCGCCUCGUUUGGCAGAUCAAGGACGACGAGUCCACUCUGUCAUUGCUGUUGGUGCCCGCCCGCAACCAGCGCCGGAUCACCUAUGUGUUGUCUUCAUUGAUCUGCGGCCAGUCGGUCGCGGAAUGCAAUGGGUGGUGGCAGACAAUGGUGAGUUUGACCCCGGAGAGUAUGUCCAUGCCCUCUAUAUUCCAGCGAUUGAUGGCUUCUCCAUUGUCGUCCAUGGGGGAAGGAAAGUUGGAAAUACUGGCCUACUUAGAGUUGAGGACGGUGAGAUCCUUGAUGUUGUCCUCACCCGAACUGAUCGACUUGAUCCAUCUGAGCCCUCAGAGGAUGGAGGCGAUGACCCGGAUGAGGAGGCGGACGAUGACACAAGUUCCGGACAGGAUCCCAUGCCAGACUCGUCUGACCUCUCCGACCCAGGGCCACCUGAUGGACCAGGCCCGUUUGGGCCGCCGCCUCCACAGCCAGUGAGAGAGAGGAGCCGGACCCCUGUCCCGCGAGGAGGUCAGGCGCAAGGACUGAGCGCUCCAAGGACUACAUGUGCAAAUGAUGAGGCGAUUGCAGGAGAAAUGAUCCGAUUGGCUGACUAUGUGCAGCCCCCCUCCUUUGACCUGACCCAGGAGACCAUCAGCCUCCCGAAGGUCCCAGCGCAUUGGAAGAACCCGAGCCCAUGGCCUCUUACGUGGCUGUUGGGCGACAUUUCCGGCCUCCCGCUAAAAGAUGUGACAGUGCAAGCUCUUGCUGAGACAUAUUCCUGGCGGGAUCUGCUGGCGCUGCCCCGAGAAGGCCAGCCCUUGCAGUUACACCUCUAUACUGACGGCUCUGCGAACCAGAAAACUGGUACCAGUGGCUAUGCGGUCACGAUCCUCCUAAGACUCGGGGCCUGCGCUGCUGUACUUGGGCUCAUGAGUGAGCAGCUUCUCGGCAACCCGGGUACUGUGUGGCCCACGGACGCCCCAGCUGCCCUUCGAGCUGAACAAGUCGCCGUCACGGUUGCCCUCUUGUGGACCCUGCAAUUUCGCUCUAUGCUAGGACAGUUCAGGUGCGAAAUUCACUUUGAUUGUCUAGCAGCUGGAUAUGCAGCCACGGGUCAAUGGAAGGCACCAGAUCCUUUUGGAGAACAAGCCCAUUUGCUUGAAAUGUACGUCAGAACUCAACCUGGCAUUGACCUCCACAUGUCCUAUGUGAAGGCCCAUGCCAAUGACCCCUGGAAUGAGUUUUCCGACAUUGCUUCCAAGGAAGCAGCAGCAGGGCGACGGACCUAUGGAACCCCGCCCCCGCAUAUUUGUCGCGAGUUCCAGGACCUCAACCUUGCAUGGCUGGUGACGGAGCUUCGUGCCCAGAGCGAUCCGGCCCUGCCCAUCAGGGAUGGUUGCAUGGAAUGGGCCCCUUUCCGUGAUGAUGGGUACCGUCUGCAGCCCAACCAGCUUGUUCCUACUGUGGGAAAAGGGUAUGAUGAUGACCACCGAGCCCAGCCCUUCGACAUUCAUGUUGCGGUGCUCAACGUGCAAGGUUUCGGUCGAAAGAGUGCGUACCUCGAAGCCCAGCUCGACCACCUCGAUUUUCAGGUUGUCAUGUUCCAAGAGACGAAAGCGUCCAGUGGUGUACUGCGCACCAAAAAUUACUUGAGGUUGGCCACCGACUCCCUCUCCAAGUGGGGCGUUGCGGUUUGGCUACACAGAACAAAAGGUGUCAUGUACAAGUGUGAGCGGGCCAUCUUGGUUGAUGAGAAUGAUGUCCAGAUCCUUGAUGAAGGACCCCGGCUGUUGGUGCUGCGUAUCACGUAUGCCAACAUGGAAAUCAGCAUUGUUGUUGCUCAUUGCCCGCACGAAGCCAAAGGCAGUGAAUGCUGGGACUUCCUUGGGCGACUUGACAAAGUGUUGAGCAAGGUUAAAAAAGACGACCUUGUGUUGCUGGGGAUUGACCUCAAUGGAAGAGUUCCUGGCGACAUCGAAGGAACAACAGGGCCGAUCGAAUCCGGCACUCCGGACGCGAUUGGCAAACGCUUUGCACAGAUCCUUGUUGCAUCGCGAAUGUGGCUACCUGCCACGUACCGCCACCUACAUCCAGGCAUUGAUACUACGUUUGUCCAUCCCUCGGGCAGUGAACAUCGUAUCGAUUAUAUUGCCCUGGGGGGCAGAGCAAUGUGUUCGCAGGUCCGGAGCCAGGUGCACCUUGAUUUCGACACAGGUGCGCCCCGGGAGGACCACCGCCUUGUCAGUGUGUGGGCUCGGGGCUUUAUCACUGGUGGAUGUGGAAGGUCGAUGCUGUGGCGCCCAGCUUAUGAUCGAGACAAAAUCCUGUCACCGGAAGGCCGGGACAUCUUGAAUGCUGCGUGCCGUGCAUUUCCCCAACCGGACUGGCGGAUUUCCCCGGACCAACAUUGUCAACUUAUACAGGACAUGUUGCACUCCACCCUGCAGGCCCAUUUCCUUGUAAGUCGGCCGCAAGCCCGAUCCUCCUUCAUCCCUGAUGAGAUCUGGAGCAUACGACUUGCCAAGAACCGCCUCAAAAAGGUCACCCGUGGCAGAACGCAGCUGUGGCGUGAUCUGAUCACACGGGCUUUUCAGAAAUGGCGGAUUGGUAAAGAGCCCAGACUGCUUGCCAUCAUUGCGAAGCAGGGCCUGAUGUACCAACUCGCUGCAGCUGCCAUCCGCUUUGCGACCUCGCGCAUCAGCUGUGGCAUUGCCAAGGCCAGACAAGGCUUCCUCUCGGGCGUCAUUUCCGAAGGGCACCAAGGAGCCAGCCAAGUCUUACGAAGGGUUCGUGCCGCUGGUCUUGGGGGUGCUAAGGCGAGAAACAAACGCAGGCCUCUACCUGCGCUCUUGAACCCUGCUGAUGGCACUAUCGUCGGCACACGUGAAAGCUACGACCAAGUCUGGCUGGAGCACUUCGGAGGCCAGGAGCAAGGAGAAGUGAUAGCCACCAAAGACCUGAUCCAGCAGGCGGCUCGGCCAAUGCCUGCUGAGGAUGUUGAAUGGAAUUUCUCCUUCCUGCCCACACAGGCGGAGGUGCAAGAGGUUUUCCGUGUGCUACCGCGACGAAAAGCCGCUGGUUUGGACAACGUGCCCGGCGAAGUCCUGGCCAGUGGGCACUCUGCUUUGGCAGCAGUGCUGCAUCCGCUGUUUGUCAAAUCAAUGGUUUGGGCCAAACAGCCGCUUCAGUGGAGAGGCGGCAUUUUGUUUGAGUGCUACAAGCAGAGCGGCAGCUGCCAAGAUGUUGCGAACUUCAGGAGCUUGUUUGUGAGCAGCAUGAUUGGCAAAUGCUAUCACAGGCUCAUCAAGGACAAGAUCCAGAGGCAAACCCAAACUGCGUUGCAUCCGUUACACUGUGGCCCCCGUCAACGAGCCCCUGUCCUGUUUCCAGAGCUCUACAUCUUGACACACGUGAGACGUUGCCACCGACUCAAGCUCAAUUACGCGGUCUUGUUCUUGGACACCAAGAGUGCCUACUACAGUAUUGCAAGAGAGCUUGUUGUCGGAGAUAUAUGUCAGGAUCGGACGGUUGUAAGGGUGUUGCAGCGGUUCAACCUCGGCCCUGAAGACCUGAGAGAGCUGAUGGAAGUCAUCUCCAGUGGAGGGGUCAUGCAUCAGGCAGGCAUUGAGCCUGCUCUCCGACAGGUGAUUCGGGACCUCCACUACCAGACAUGGUUUACAACGCGGUACGCAGACGGCCGUCGGGCAUGCCGCACAUAUGCCGGAUCGAGACCAGGCGAGAGCUUUGCGGACACAAUCUUCGCUUGGAUUUACAGCAAGUUACUUUGCUCCAUCUAUGAAGCAGCUGCUGUUGAGGAUCUUGCCUUUGCCAUGCCGUAUGAUGCUACCGCUGGUGUCUUCGGCACGGGUUUGGAAGGAGCAGAUGAACAAUCCUGGGACGCCACCUGGGCUGAUGACAGUGCCUUUCCCACAGCUGCCAGAUCGUGUGAGGAGGUUGUUAGAAAGGCGGUGAGGCUAUCCGAGGUUGUCAUUGGGACAUGUGUGGCUCAUGGCCUCACCCCCAACAUGAAGCCGGGCAAGACGAGCAUGCUCCUCUACUUGAGAGGCAAGGACUCCGUCAAGGUCAAACGACGGCUCUUUGAGACAGGCAAGCCCGCCCUGCCACUCGCCGACAGUAGUGACAGCGUCCCGCUUGUUCCCCAGUACCGGCACUUGGGAGGCUAUGUCGACAUCAACAACACGAUGGUUGUUGAAGCCAGGCAUCGAGUUGCCAUGGCGACCCAGGCCUUUGACUCCUCGGCGAAACUGCUGCUUCAGCGAUCAGAUUUGGCCUUGGAGGUUCGAGCGGGGCUGUUUCACACGAUUGUCACGGCCUCCCUCUUCAACAUUGCCCUGUGGAUACCCGAAGGGAAGGCAUGGAGGUUGUUGACCAAUGCCUAUUCCCGCCUGGUGCGACGACUUCUAGCCCCUGUUGUCAAAGGGGAGCGCCUUUUCCAUCUACCAUUGCUUGCUGCGCAUGUUGCUAGUGGCUGUUGGUGUUUGGAGUCUGUUGCCAAACGGGCUCGACUGGGAUUGCUGAUCUCCUUGGUUACCCAUGGCCCGGCUCUCCUCUGGGCAGCGCUCCAGAACGAAGGAGGAUGGCUGAAGGUUAUCCAGGCCGAUUUGCGAUGGUUUGUGCAGGACAACCCUGGAGACUGGCCCCAGGUUCAUGAAGCGGAUUGGCCAAGAUGGUGGAGUUGUCUCAAAGCAGCCCCAGCAUGCUUCAAGCGGCAGGUUGUAAAGAAGCUCAAGAUGGACCAUCUCGCCAUGUGUGCACGUGCGGCUACCGAUCUCUGUCAUUGGCAGAUGUACAAAAUGUUGCCCCAACGGCAAGAUGUUGCACAGCGGACUACCACAUGGAAGUGCUGCAUGUGUGAUGUGUCCUUCAGCAGCAAGGCCAAGCUGAGCGUGCACUUCUUCAAGCGACAUCAGCGAGUUGCAGAGUACAGGCACUAUGUGCAGGGCACCCACUGCGCUGGUUGCGGUAAGCAGUUCUGGAGUGGCAAGCGACUGAUGGUCCACCUGCGGUCUGCCGCCGGAUGUGUUGCUGCCCUGAAGCGCCAAGGCCGCCCUGUUGAUUGCCUGACAGCAGGGUUUGGAAGCAGGAAGCAAAGGCAGGAGGAUGUCGCGCAGUACACCCCUGCCGUCCCGCAGCAGAUCUCCGACCCAGCCCCAGCAGGUGAUAGUUGUGGUUGGAGUUGGUAUCAGGCACAGCUCUAUCGUGUGGCCUGUGCGGCUGCAUUUGAGCAUGAUGAGCCGGAUUCCUUCAGUCAUUGCAUCCUUGAGGCCAUCAAGCAGUUUCCCCUCUACCCCGAUGAGAUCCUUUCUGUCGUUGAGUUCCUUGCUGAGGAGAUGGAGUUUCUCUUUCAACAGGGGAAUGAGCCAGAGUGGACACGGGAGACUUUGGAUGGCUUCACAGCGGUAUGCAAGAAUGUCAUUGCGGAAGUCCGAUGUCCCAACGAUGCCUGCAGUCAACCUGCUGAGAAGCAGGACACCUUUGAGGUAUUCCAACAAGCACUGCGGGUCAUUGACUGGGCGAAGCUCUUGAAUAUCGCGGAUUUACAACACGGGACCCGUCCUGAUGUCUUGUGUCUGCCAGUCGACUGGGAAGCUGAGUGGACGACUAGCAGGGAGGCACAAGGACUCUCAGCCGUGUUGGAUAGCCCUUUUGCGGACUUGAAGCGAUUUCUGGAACGCUGUGGCCUUUCCUGGGGUGCCGAUCUCAAUGCCGAAACUGGCAUGGAGCAGCCUUCCACGCAUUGGCACACCACGUAUUCGCUGGACAUCCCACUGAAGAAAAAUUCCACUGAACUCCUGGCCACGGGGCUCCGGGUCUUGAAGGAGUUUGCCUUCGACGCGCUUUUGCGGUCCGAAGACAUUCAGAAAGAGAAAGGGGUCGUCGAGGAGGAGUGGAGGGGCCGUUUGGGCGUCGAGCAGCGCGUGGAGGAUAAGUUCUGGGCCGAGGUUUUCGCUGGAACUCUUCACAGCCAGCGUCUGCCCAUCGGAAAGAUGGAGACCCUGCGCAGCUGCCCCGAUGAGCGCUUGCGUGCCUUCUACACGAGGUGGUACCGACCACAGCAGAUGACCAUCCUCUGCAUCGGUGACUUCGGGAGCAAUACUGUGGCAAAGGCGCUGAUUGAGAAGGCCUUUGCCGACGUCAAGCCGACCAAGGACGCGGAGCCGCAAUGGACACCUCCACCACUCUCUGCUCACCCAAGGGCGGCGGUGGUCUAUCGGGACCAGGAGCUUUCCAGCUAUGUGCUUCGCCUUCGCUUUUUCUUCGAAGAAACGACCCGGCGAACUCUGCCGGAGAUGGUCGGCGAUAUGUCGCGAGACCUUCUUCUCAUGGCGCUGAAUCGGCGUCUUUCCGCUCUUCAACUGCGGCCCAACGCGCCCUUCCUCUCCGCUGCGGCCAACGAGGAGCAUAUCACGCAGACGUGUGUUUGCGUAGCGAUAUCUGCGAAUGUGCUGAAAGGAGACAUCCUGAAGGCCGCUGAGUCACUUGGAGAGGUCCUUGCAAGCCUGGCGCGGCAUGGCCUAAGCGAGCGCGAGAUGGAGCUGACAAGGAAGUUCCACUGUACGGCCUUGGACUCUGUCUGGGCUGAGAGGCACCACGUCGACUCCGAAGACGUCUUAGAAUGCGCCGAGGACUUCGUUCUCUCUGGGGAGCAGACACGCCUGUGCUCGGAUUGCAUGGACGUGCGCCUUCAGCAUGAGGCUUUGCAGCUUUUGGCCAAGGGCUCCUUGGCGGAUCCGAAGCUGAAUCGAGUUGCCUCUCAACUCUUCGAUCUCGCAGCCGGCCGAUGGUCGAUAGAGGCCGAAAUGGCCGGCGAUGACAGCGCAGAGCUGGAGCCCGAGGUCACGCCCAGCGACCUACGACAGGCCAUUGAGCAGUUUGCGGCUCGCAAAGAGCUGCCCCCCUUUGCUUGGCUGCCGGGUGAGCUGCUGGAUCCUAAUGCCGCGCAGGAUGAGAUGGGGGAGCCAAACCCCAUCAUCGAGACCCACAGCUUGUCCCAGUUUUCGGCCCAACAUUGGGUCACUGCUUCGGGAUCCACGGUCACCUGGCUGCGCACGGACUUUGAGCCAGAUGAGAUACUCAUCCAGGGGAUCCUCCCCUGUGGACUCAGCGAGCUGGGAAGCGCAGCGCUGCGCGCCUCCUGCGCCAGCAUGAACGCCUUGAGGGUCAUGGACGGCUUGGGGAGCAUGACGAAGGCUCAGCUGCAGGAGUACCUGGCCGAUGCCAACGCUUCGGUGUUGCCAGGCGUUCAGAUGUACUCCCGCUUCAUCAGCGGCCGCUGCGGCGCGUCGGCUCAGAACUUGGAGAUGGCGCUGCGUCUUUGUUCCCUGCAGUUCCUUCCUGCGAAUUUCACGGAGUCGAGCUUUGGCAAAGUGUUGGAUGCGACUGCUCAGCGCAUAGAGAAUCGCGAGCGGGAGCCGGAAUACCACUUUGAGAAGAAGCUGAAGGAGAUCACGUGUGGAAAUGACCCGUUCUUCCACGAGACCACCCUGCAAGAUGUGCAUGAGCUGCGCAAGAUGGGCGUGGAGGGAGCCCGGCAGAUGGCAGACCGGCUUUUUGGGGAUUCGAAGGCUUGGUCCUGGGUGAUCGUCGGUGCUUUGCCACCCGACGACGAGCUGCGAGAAAUCCUGGAGCGCAGUCUGCAGCCCCCAUCGUCGAGAGAAGAGGAAGAAAGGCGGCUGCCCCGUGUGCGCGUCCCGGAGUUUACCCCAGGUGGCCCGCACGCUGUGUAUUCCGGCCUUUCCGAUACUGCUCGGGUGUGCGUCUGCUUCGAGGUCGACGCCAGACUCGCGGCAUGCGCUCAGCAAAGGCUUGCCCUGCACUGGCUUGCGGACAUCAUGGAGGUCCGCCUUGUGGAGAAGAUGAGAAUGGAAACUGGCUCAACAUACAACGUUUCCUGCACAAUCUCCACUGGCUCCACGGACUUACCCUGUAAGGACCGACGGCCUCUACUGACCAUCGACUUUUCUUGCGAUCCGAUGGCUGCUCAGAAGCAAGUGGAUUGCAUGUUCGAAGAGAUCCGGCGCCUGACAAGCGGGACAUCUCCAGUCACCUCCGAGGAGCUGGAGACCUGCAGAAAACAGGAGCGGGAAAGGGUGGCAGUGGAGGAGCGCGAAAACCGCUGGUGGCUUGGACGGCUGUGCAGUGCCGUUCGCCGUGUGCGCAGCGGUACGGAAGCAGAGCACUUUGGCGAAGUCGCUCGGGAGCCCGGUGGCGAACUGGUGCCGCUGCCUGUCUUGAACGACAUGCUUUCCUUGGCAGCUGGAAUGCCUGACCGCAUCAGCGCAAUGUCCCAAACUGACGUUCAGCGUAUGGCAGAAGAAAUCAAAGAUGACAAGUCAGCCGUCGUGAUGCUCCUUCCCGAGAAGUUGGGUGACCCUCCCCUGACUGCGAAGCGUCAGCGCUGCUCAUGA